AUGAAGAAUGAUGCUUGGGACAAGCUUAUGCAGUGUCUGGGAAAGAGUGACGAUCACACGCCUGAUGUGCGCGAGUGGCUAAUCGACUCUUGGAAAAGUGUGAGAUCACCCAUGGAGUUAGAAAGAGAGACACUGCCACAAAAGUUGACAGCCAUUGACCAUCAGGCUGUGGAGACGGUAUCCCAGAAACUGGGAAGUGCAGUCCCCGAAGGUUUCGUACCACACAAGAAUCUAGAGCGUAUCCUCGCUCGUCGCAAACAGACUGUCGACUCUGGAAAAAAUAUUGACUGGGCAACAGCUGAGGCUCUCGCCUUCAGCAACACUAUUGCGGGAGGGCACGACUGUCCGUGUCUCUGGACAGGAUGUAGAACGAGGUACCUUCUCUCAGCGACAUUCAGUCCUCCACGAUCAACAGUCCAACAAAACCUACACCCCACUAAGCACCCUCGGUGA